AUGGCAUUUAAUAGAUUUUGGUGUCGUUUAGCGAUUCCAAUAUUAUGGGAAGAUCCAUUUACAAUUUCUAACCGAAAUUAUCGUUGUAUUGAAAUUUAUUUACACUUUUUAAAUGAAGAUAGUAAAGCAAAAUUUAAUGAAUAUGGAAUUAAUAAUAAUUUAGUACCUAAAAAUACAUUAUUCAAUUAUCCUAAUUUUAUUAAAUACUUAACUAUAACUGGUAUUCACUUUUCUGUUGAAAAAUGGGUUGAUACUUUAGUGGAUAAUAAUCAUAAGAAUCUAGAAAAAUUAGUUUAUAAAUCAUUAUUUGAAGUGUUCCUUAAACAUGAAGGGAGCUUACAUUCUUUUAGAUUUAUAAUGUCUAGGAAUAUUCAUUUUACUUGUUUUGAUAAUACUAUGGAAUUGGUUUUACAAAAUCCACAUUUUACUUACAAUAUUAAAAAUUUUACAUUACGUAUUUUUCAUGCUCCAAAUGUCACGAAUAUCAUUUCCUUUUUAAAAUUUUUAUGUUCUAAUUGCAAUUUAAUCACAUCACUUCAUUUUUCUUUAUCUAGUAUUAAUGAUUUUUCAGCAAUUAGAAAAUAUUUAUCACAAAUGAUUAUUUCACAACAUAAUCUCAAAAUAGUUUCAUUUGGAACUAGUAUUGAUAUUUUAUAUCACCUAUUUUUAUCAUUAAAAAAUUCUAAUUGUUCAAAUACUUUAAAUACGAUUAUAUUUGAUAGUAUUGAUUUUAGAAAUGUAAUUACAGUUUUACAAGAAGUAUUUGAUCAAUUGAAUGUUUUAGAAUCAAUUCAUAUUCUUUAUUGUGAUUCUUUGAAUUCCGAUUUUGUUCAACAAAUCAUUAAAGUUAUCAAACCUUUUAAAUUGAGAUCUUUAUGUAUUAAGGAUAUAUUAUAUAUUGAAUCAUUACAACUUCUAUUACAAAAAUGUGGUGAUUAUUUAGAAAAUUUUGAAUUUGGAUCUGAGUGUGAAGAGUAUGAAGGAUCAAGACAACAAUUUCUUGAAUUAAUUAUGAAAUAUUGUACAAAAAUUAAACGUUUUACUACUGAAAAUCCUGAUGACAUUAAUAUUUAUCUAUUAAUUGAAAAUAUUGGACAAACUAUUAAUUGUCUUACUAUUGAUAUUUAUUAUGAUGACUUAGAUUCAAAUGUAUUACAAAAUUUAGGACAAGUUCUCCCUUCUAAAUUAGAAUAUUUACAUUUAUCACUUUCAUUUAAUUCAAGUGAUUUUGAAAUAUUUUUAAAAAAUUCUCAAAACACUUUUAUUAGAAAAUUAAUAAUUAAUAAUGUGAUGCAAGAUGAAGGAGAAAGUAUUUUGUUUUACAUAAAGGAAUAUAUUAUGAGGAAGGAAAGGGUUAAAUAUUUAGCUUUUUCAGAAUGUUUUCCAUAUGAUGAUACGGCUAGAGAAUUGUUUUCUUUAGAAGAUGAAGUAAAUGAAUUUAGAUUGCAUAAUGUUAUAGUUCAAAGAUAUGAUGAUUUAUGUAUUUCUAUACAUGGUAUUAUUUAUGAUUUAAAUGUGUAA